AACCUUCUUUCUCUUCUCUUACCUCACCACAAUUCCCUGAGGGCACAAGUCAAUGAAGUGCUUGACAUUGAGCUGAUCAAGCAACAGAUUGAUCACAAUGCUCUUGAUCUCAGACAAUGUGCACAGUUUGUCGUAAAUCUUUUGGGAAAGCUGUGUGCUCCAGCAAGAGAUGCGCAGGUUCAGGCACUCCUACAAGUGGACGGCAUAGUCAAUUUGUUUAGGGAAAUAUUUAAAGUUAUAGACAUAAUGAAAAUAGACAUGGCUAAUUUCCAACUUCAAGCAAUAAGACCACAGCUUCUUCAACAGUCUAUAGAAUAUGAGAGAAAGAAGUUUACUCAAUACCUUGAAGCUAACCCAGCCGGUUUAAUGUCUACCAAAGUUUGGUUGGAAARAGGAAAAGAAGUAGCACAUGAAGCAGCAGCAAAGCCACCUUCCUCGCCAUCUCCAUCUCCCUCUCAUUCCCCCUCAACCUCUUCAAGUGCCGAAAGCUCAACCACACCCCAAGAUACCACAGACUCUUCACCAACCCCAAAAGCUGUAUCAAGGAUGGAUCUUCUUGCACAUGCAUAUCUUGGCAUCAUCUUUGGAGAACCUGGCUGGCCAUAUCCAGAGACAUUAUUAAUGGAUGAAUUACGACUGGCAGAAAUGAGAUCCAGUAUCCACCGGAGCACUCUUUUGGCUUCAAUUAUGCUCGUUACCAUUCAAACUGUUGCUAGGCAACUAAAGUCAGACACAACCUAUGUUAAUAGCUUGAAGAGAGCUUUGUUUAUUUUGCUGGAUGGUGUAUCAGAAGGGGAUGUUUCAUCAUCGAUGUCCAGCAUCUACGAACAAGUUAAAGAAGAAACCAACACGUUUCUAGUGGAACGAGGUUUUUCUAAAAUGGCAGGAGAACACGAAGCGUUAAUCAAGGGACAGAUAAUCGCACUCGGGGAUCCCGAACAUCAGCUGCGCAAACUACUUUCCAAACGUGCAUACGAUUAUAUGUUCAAAAUCAUCAAAGCCCGUUUGCGCCAUGGCAACGGUCGAGAAACUGGUCACGUGCCAAUCCCCCCUGGCCUCGAUCCCGUGGGCACCGAACUAUCUGAACUGGCGCUUCGGUUUGGACGCGUAGCGUCCCUCAAUGCUUCGACUUAUGGACCUUUUUAUGAUAAACUGCUCGAAGAACCAAAUUAAGGAGCACAAUCAUCAUCAGAGAAAGCUUAGAAAUCAGACCACGGUUUUUUAGGCCAGUUUGAGCAUGCGCAGUUAACGUGCUGUGCACGUGAUAUCGUGUGUCCCAGGAAAAUGGGAAGAACUUUGGGCAUACCACGACCAAGAAAGAAAUGACUAACAGUAGGAUUUAAAUUAAUGAAAAAACACUUAUAAAAUUAAAACGUUUAUCUUAUUUGCAAUAUAUUUCUGGACUUUAUAAGAUUAUUUUUAUUCAAAAAAAUGUUAAAAGGACAUUUACGUUUUUGACGCUACUGUGUUUGGUUUUAUUUAAAAGUAAAUUGAAAUGAGUUUUUUAUUCUUUUUAUCAUUAGUGUGAAUGUAAUGGUAGUAAUAUGAAAAGUUAAUAGUGAGAAAGAUAUAUUUAUCCAAAAGGGACCACGUGACACUUAAACUCGAAAGGUCCCUCUCUGCAUUUUCAUUAAAUCCAACUAGUGGUCUGUCAUCAAUGCUGUGUUCUGAGAUACUAGUAGCGAAAAGUACCAGCUUUCAAAACCAAAACAUUAAAUUUAACUUUAAUUCAAAGGCUUUGCACUAUCUAUAUCUUUCACCGACUAGUUGGAUUUGACCGUGAAAAUGAUUGGUCCUCUCGCCCUCGUGACCUAUGAGUCAUUAGCCCAUUCGGCCUUUGGCUUAAUGAGCUAUUAUUGACUCGUAGCCCACUCGCGCUCGAGGACUAAUUACUAAAUAGAUAUAAUUUUGUGUGGUUUCGAACUUUUUAGUAUUAAUAUAAAUUAUAGGCGUGCGAAGACCGUGCACGUGACCGCGCGGUGUCACUCUAUUCCUACUAACUGGACAAGCAAUGAUAUCGUCUUGCGUGUAGUGAUAGCUGGAGAAAUUUCGUCUAUGUAUCUUCAUGUUAGAGUUAUAACGACGAAUAUAUUAUGACACAUCGUUAAGUCGAUAUUGUAAUAGAGCCUCCAUUAAAGUGCCAAUAUCAUCUCUGACAA